UAUGUGAAAAAAAGACAAUGUACAAUCCUUAAUAAAACAUUUUGACUACAGAUACAGGAGCCACAUGCAUGCUGUCAUCACUUUCAUCAAGUUUGAUAGCUAAACAAAAUCAGACUUUGGAUUUUGUUUGAUUAUUAUUAUUUUUAAAUCGUCAGGCUGUUUGUUUAGUACACACUCCUGGACAGCAGGAAGCGCUCUGAAUCCCCAACGCUGCCUUUGUCAAUAACAACGAACGAAGAAGACCGUGUGACGUCAUUGGGCUACAUCCGCAAUAUCUGACAGUUUUAACAACAUGGAUGCCACGGCUGUAGUUAGCCAGGAAAGCGGCGCCUCGAAGAUGCAAGAGAAGCUGCAGAAGCGGCACCAGGAGAGGACGGAUGACGCCGAGCGGAGGAAGGAAGCGAAGGAGAGCCGGUCUGUCGCAGAGGAAAAGGGCGACUACUUCGUCGGCGCUUUCAACGCAGAGCGAGAGUCCAUCGAGGAGCUGCUGUCCAGCUGCUCAGGAGCCCACCGGGCUGAUGUGACCCAAAAGCUGGAGGAGGCGACGGCCAAAACGCUGCAGCUGCAGAAGUUCCUGAGCGACAGCACGUUGUUUUUGAAGCAGUACGAUCUGAGACAAGCCCAGGCUGCUCUGCAGAAGCUCCAGUCCUCCAUUGCAGAGACCAGAGAGGAGGGUCUACCCAAGAAGAAGUUUGCCUUUCGAGCUCGCACCAAAGCCACUGAUAAAGCUCCAGUGUCAGACCCCCCUGCGCCUACUCCUGCAGGGUCUGCAAGCACUCACGCGGGUGGCUCUGCACCCUCUGUGAAGUGCGGCUUCUCCAACAUGGACAGUGUGUGCGUCACAAAAACAGCAGAGGAGAUCAGCAAACAGGAUGUGCUGUUGACUGACCUCACUAACUGCAAGGUCCGCUUGCUUGGUUCCCCUAGCACACUGCACCUGAAGAAUAUCGAUACCUGUGAGAUCCUGUGUGGGCCCGUGUCCAGCUCCGUGUUCAUCGACCAGUGCAAAAGCAGUGUUCUGGCGUUCCCGUGUCAGCAGCUACGGACCCACAACACCACAGAUACUCAGGUCUAUCUGCACGUCACAAGCAGGGCCAUCAUAGAGGACUGUCAUGGAGUGAGCUUUGCCCCGCUCUCCUGGUCAUAUCCGAGCAUGGACGAGGACUUUUCUGUGUCGGGACUGGACCGGGACCGGAACAACUGGAGCCAGGUGGAUGACUUCAACUGGCUCGCUGCAGGAACGCCUUCCCCUAACUGGAGUGUGAUUCCAGAGGCAGACAGGAAGACCGAUUGGGACCCCGAGAAUCAGACAGUGGAGUGAUCAAAAUGACAUGUUUUCAGCCCAUGCACUCCCAAUAAUAAUCAAAUAGUCUCACUUGACAUGUUUUAAUGCUGCUUCUGUUUUUUUUUUAUAACUGGUUAUGUUGCACUGCUUUAAGAAACUUUUUAAAGCUACACUACAGAAUCAAAACAAUUGAAAACCAAGAGGCCAAUUGCAAAACUCUGACAUUUGAUUAACGUUCUUUUUUCUCAGCAUUAUUUUUUAGAUAUAUUGGAAUUUUGCUGAAAAGAUUUAUUGCACACCGUUUUUUGUAUAUGAACACAAAUAUUCAAGCACCUAAUAAACUGAUCUUGGCUGUAACUUGUAAUGUCAUGGUUAACUGUUGUUUACUUUGAUCAGUGAGUCUAUAAAGUGUCAGAAAAUACAGAAAAUCUAGAGCGCAUGGUGACGUAUUCAGGGUUGUUACACCUGAUAAACUGUUAAAAAUCUAAAGAUGUUUACUGUCAACGAGCCCAGAAAAAGAGGAUGUUCUUUAUUUUUGAUGCAAUAGUGACUGAAAUGAUAAAACUGAUAUCAGAAUUGUAGAGCAAUCCUAGAUAUCAACAGAUUUGUGAGGUUGUGAAUUCUAAAAUGAAAUUCUUUCUACUUUCUAAAAAAUACAAAUUGUAAAACACUUUCUGAUUGAUUCUUAAAAACUACAAUCAGAUGCAGGAUUUACCUACUUUUAAAUAAUCUAAUGUUGUUUAGAAUAUGUGUAGUGGGGGCUGUUGCCAUUAAGGACAAAUCAUUGUGCUAGCCUGCUAUUGUUGAAUAAAUGAACAACAUUUAGAUGUAUUAUAUGCAAAAGAAUAGGUCUGGGCACAGUGAUAAUUAUUGCGAAAUAAGGUUUCUCAGUGUUUUCCAGCACCGUGCACUGUGCCUUUGACUGUAAAAUGUUCCUCUUUUCAAUUAUUGUUUGUCAUGUUCUGACAAUAAAGAAUGUCUAAAUCACAA